AUGGCAUGCAAUCUGGAAGAGGAUGGUCACCAGCUGGAGGCCACCGUGGUGAACGCCUUGGGCAAAGCAUUGGCACCCCUCCUUUGCCACGCCAGCAGUGCGGACUCUGUGGCGGAAGGCGCGACGAAGUUUGCGGACAUCUCCAUCAGCCUCCCGCUCAGCUUUGUGGAGCAUCAGAUGUACGCUCCGGUGCACGCGACGCUCACAUGCUUGCGCGAUUUGAAGGUCCCACGCACGCCGGCGCCCAGGACAUUUGAGGCCGCAGUCUGCAUCGCGGCUUCGACCAUGAACAGCUCUGAGCAGGCCCUCCUGGCUUCGCUCCUCAAGCGCGCUGUCGCCCGGCUGAGAACCCUCGCGUCGAGGACAACGGGGGCCAACAGCGUCAAGAUCGAGGUGCUCAAGAACUUGAUUUGGAAAAAGGAGCCGAUCGAGGACUCCUCCAGUUUGCGCGGCGAGCUGGAUGAGCUGCUGCACCAAUCUCCGGAGCCUGCUUCGUCCGCUGCGGACACGGCCGCAUCGUCAGUGCCCAGCUCCUCGGAGCCAGCUGGCGACGUUUUGAAGGAGCUCAAGCGCAAAUAUGAGGAGGCGUGCCUGGAAAUCUUCGGCCACGGCCCAAUCGAGGUGGAGGACGAGCUGGAGCCCACAGCGGCGCUGCUCGACCGGGACCGCCUGCAUGUGGACCCUGCUGCACAGGACCCAGCUGCAAAGGCGGCCAAGAAGGUCGCUCCGGAUGCCAAGGCCGUCAAGGCCCCCAACGCUGCCGACCCCACGGCCGCCGACCUCAAGCCUGCAAAGGCGCCCAAGAAGGCUGCCAAGGCCAAGGCCCGGGCAGCCUCCCCAGAGGAGAUCAAGUUGCAGGCCCAGCGGGUCUUCGCGAGAAGGAUGAGGCCCAAGACCCCAGCCGCACUGGAGGUCUGGGACGUCAUCGUGAAUGUCUGGUGCGAGAAAAUCGCCCCGAGCCUGCAGUUCAAGCACAACAUGAAGUCGCAGUACCAGUGGUGGGACACAGCCCACGCCAAGGUGCACAGCAUGCCAGGGGCGCGCACAGCCACGGCAAUGAAGGACACACUCCUCAUGCUGGCACCGGUGUUUUUGACCGGGUUUGACCCGGCCGAGUAGCC